AUGAAGACCACUUCGCUGAUUUGCAACGGCCUCGUCUCCCUCGGCCUGGGAGUGCUGGCUGACCCAACAGUCAGACAGCUUGGGAGCCCAACCGUGGUCAUUCCUUCUCCAGAUGCCACCUUUCUUGGAGCUCCCCUUGGCCUUGUCGAGUCCUUUCACGGAAUUCCCUUUGCCAAGCCACCUGUUCAGUCUCUGAGGUUCAACCCCGCGCAGCCUCUGGACCUGAACCAAUCUCUGGGAGUGGUCCCUGCCUUGACUGUGGGAGCCGCCUGCCCUCAGAACCUGUCGCCCCAACUGCCGGCUGCGGACCUGCCGCCAGAGGUCCUUGCUGCCCUUGAGGCAUUGCAAAAUCUCACGGCACAGCUCCCGGCUCCCGCAAUCUACAGCGAAGACUGCCUCUACCUCAAUGUCUUCAGACCUGCAGGCAUUGACUCCAAGGCCAAGCUCCCCGUCCUCUUCUGGAUGCAUGGAGGAGGUUUCGAGAUGGGCUUCACCAUGACGGGCGAAGGUGUCCCCAUGGUGACCGACUCCAUUGGGCAGGGCAAGCCAAUCAUCUUUGUUGCUGCAACCUACCGAACUAAUGCCUUCGGAUUCCUCGGUGGUAAAGAAGUCAUGGACGCUGGUGUUGCCAAUCUUGGUCUACUUGACCAGCGACAAGCCAUGAGAUGGGUGGCUGACAACAUUGAGGCCUUUGGCGGCGACCCUGACAAGGUCACAAUCUGGGGUGAAUCAGCUGGAUCCAUCUCGGUCUUUGACCACUUGGUACUUUACGACGGAGACAACACCUACAAUGGCAAGCCUCUCUUCCGCGCCGGCAUCAUGAACUCGGGCAGCGUUGUCCCCGCGGAUACCGUUGACUGCGACAAGGCCCAAAAGGUAUACGACCAGAUCGUGAACGAGGCGGGCUGCUCGGACUCAGACGACACACUUCAGUGCAUUCGCGAUGUGGACUACCAGAUCUUGUACGACGCUGUUGCCACCAUACCAACCUUCACCAGCUAUAGGUCUAUUGCUCUUGACUUCAUGCCCAGACCCGACGGAAAGACAAUGACCAAGUCCCCAGAUCAGCUGGUCCAGGAGGGCAAGUUCACCAAGGUUCCCAUCAUCAUUGGCGACGAAGAGGACGAAGGCACGCUCUGGUCAUUCACCCAGGGCAACAUCACCACUACGGAAGAAGUCGCCGAGUAUCUGGGCCAGUACUUCUUCCACCACUCUACGCAAGACGACAUGGAAGACUUUGUCGGUACAUACCAGACCAUCAGUGAAGACGGUUCCCCGUUCCGCACGGGAGAGCUGAACAACUGGUACCCACAAGUCAAGCGCAUCUCGGCCAUUCUGGGCGACCUGGCCUUUACCCUCAGCCGCCGGUACUUCCUCGACAUCCGCCACGCCUUUGACGGCCAGCUCAAGGCCUGGUCGUACCUGUCGUCGUACGGCUACGGCACGCCCAUCAUUGGCACCAUUCACGGCAGCGACAUUCUGCACAUUGUCUGGAGCACACCCUACGACUACGCCACCCACACUAUGCACUCGUACUACCUUUCCUUUAUUCAUGACCUUGACCCCAACUCCAACAACCUCUUGUCUCCAAACUGGCCCGAGUACUUUGACUCCAAGAAGUUGCUAAACCUCUACUCGACUUUUGGGCAGUUCAUUAAUGAUGACUUCCGGUCCGACUCGUAUGAAUGGAUCACCAACCACAUUCCGCAGCUCACCAUGUAA